GGUACUCUAAAAGGUCUUCUGGGCAUCAUAUGUGAUGCCACAUCUACUCACGUCAUGCUCGAGUUACACAGCCAAUUUCGAAAGGUACCGGUUGCACGAGAAAAUGUGGCGCUUCUUGACAGCGGUGGACGCAUUAUUGACACACAAUACGCUGCAACUACACCACGUAUCACACCUAUGCGCGAAAUGCGUACACCACAGAUCGCCUACGGCGCUCAGACUCCACAUGCGGCUAGCACCACUCCGCGUGGUGAUAGCACUCCGCUUCCGAACAGUUUUAACGCGGGUCUUGCCACUCCCAGGCUGAGCAAUUUGGAUGAUCCCAUGACACCAAGUUCAAUUAACGUCUGUCAAGAAAUACAAAACUACCGUGGACGUGAAAUUAAUGAGGAACUUGAUGUUGUUGUUCCACCAUACCUGUUUGAUCGAAGAAUUUUGAGGAGUAUUGAGUUGAAAAACAUGAAUUAUCUUCAGAGUUAUAUUCGUCAGUGUCCGCGUAACAUUGAACGUUAUUUUUUUCUUGAAACCGUUUCUUCAAUAUCACCAAUUAUUCGAAGCAUCGUUGUAAGCAAUUUAUUGGGCUACGCUUUUCUAUAUCGCGCCACUCCUUGUGUGAAAUACCUUCUGGAGUUGGGGUCUGACCCUUUUCAACCGGCCUAUUUCAUCGAUUGGGCCUCUUACAAUGAAAAUCAGAGAAAGGUUAUGCUCUACGAAGCUCCUAACAUCAUACUUAUAUCUGGCAGUAUUCACGAAAACCAUCGGGCCGAUUGUAUAUCUAUGCUCUCGUUCUUACGAUCCAUGGAUGUUGAACUACAUUUACCGAUCACAUUAAGAAGACAACAAUUCGAAUCACCUAACGAACCUGUUUCUGCAACUGUCCGCUACAACGACACCUGGGAAUGUUGGGAAAAAGAAAUUGAGAAAAGAGGUGGCGAGGAUCUUGCGAAGAGUAAAGGUUUCAUGCGCGAGUUAAAGACGAUAGUGAAAUCACUACAUGAUGAUGAAGUGAAUGCGUUGUCAUUGAUUCUACCUCAGCUUCAUUCUGCCUAUAAUCAUUUGCCUGCUCUCAAAUUGGGGGUUAAUGAACUUCGCAACGCGUUGUCCGUUUUCAUCGAGAACAUUGCGAGCAAUCCUCAUCUGUCAGAAACUCAUCGUCGUACCAUCCUUGAACACUGUCUGGACCAUUCGAUUGAGGUAUUUGACAUACUGGUGAUGAAGUUCGAUUCUCAGGUACCGAAAUUCGUGGCUGUUCCGGAAUUUGCCAUCCGGAUUCCACCAACCGUCUUAACUGUUAUCGAAUCUCGUCUUUUCGCUCGACACUUGAUUGCACUGGUGGACAAUCAAGAACGACUUUUUGCAUUUCUUGAUUCCUGUUUCACGCUUAAUUCGGACUACCUUAUUCGACUUCUGAUCGCACUGUUUGAAUUGGUGACUCCCACUGACAAAGUGGCCGCGCACGCUACACAGUGGUUCACUCAGGCCCUCGCUAAUGAUGAUCGGGUACGAAUCAUUCUAUCCAAGCAAGAUCCCGUUCGUGUUCGUGAGCUGUGCAUUCGUCAUCCACGGUUAUUGGAGCUAUUCCUGCCAAUUUCAGACGAGAAAAUUCCUAUCCGAAAAUAUUUUUUUGAUUGA